AAGAAUCCUAUUUGACCAACCAUGAAUAAUAGUACUAAUAAUUUAGUGAGGAUGAUAAGAAAUAGGUAGCAUCCAAAAAUUCUAACUUAUGUUCUAAAAAUUGCAGAACAACUGCAUUCAUUCAAACUUCAAAGUAGUAUGACUUAUCAAAGAUUGUUAUUGGGGCUCUUCGUGUUGUUGAUCCCUAGAGAUCUCUGCGCCCAGGACUUCUCCAGGGCCACUUGCGGCAGCAACGGCAACUACACCAGCAACAGCGCAUACAGCGCUAACCUCGACACCGCUCUCUCUUCUCUCUCUACAAACAUCGACAACGAUGGCUUCUACAACGCCUCGACCGGGCAGGGCCCCGACCGAGUCAACGCCGUCGCGCUGUGCAGAGGCGACGUUCAGCUCUACACGUGCCGCGAAUGCGUGCAAAACGGCGUCUCCAGGCUCGGGGAUUCGUGCCCGGUUCAAAAGCAGGCAGUCUUCUGGGAUGAGUUCUGCACUCUGCGAUACUCAAAUGCUACCGUCUACGGGGCUGUGGCGACUAGCCCUGGAUACUACUUGUGGAAUGUAAAUAACGUGACGAGUCCAGCGCAGUUUAAGGAGGAUCUGAGGACGUUGCUGGAUGAUCUUCGUAGACGAGCUGCUGGCGGCUCGUCUACGAGGAAGGUGGCAGCUGGGAAUGUAACUGGGCCCGAUUUUCAGACGAUUUUCGGGUUAGUUCAGUGCACCCCGGAUUUGUCAUCGGGGGAUUGUACUAGUUGUUUGAUUGGUGCCAUUUCAGAAAUACCGCAAUGUUGUGAUGGGAAGCAAGGCGGCAGAGUCCUCAGACCAAGUUGCAAUCUUCGGUUUGAGAUCGCUCCGUUUUUCAAUGAAACUAGGCUUCAGGAACUAGAGUUUGUUCCUCCUUCUCCUCCUCUUAUCGAGCCGCCUCCACAGUCACCGCCGUCAGGAAAGAAAAAUGGUAGCACGACUAUUGUCAUAAUUGUGGUUGUAGUUGCUGUGUGCUUGAUAGUGGCUGUAUCUGCUAUCAUCUUUCUAAAGAAGAGAAAGAAACAGAAACAGAAACCAACAGAAAUUCCUCAAACUGUCGACGAUAUUAGCACAGCUGAAUCUCUGCAGUAUAGUUUCAGCACAAUCAAAGCCGCAACAAAUGAUUUCUCUGAUCAUAAUAGAUUGGGCCAAGGUGGAUUUGGUACUGUUUACAAGGGGAAACUUCCAAAUGGUCAAGAAAUUGCAGUGAAAAGAUUGUCAAGGGAUUCUGGGCAAGGCGAUAUGGAAUUCAAGAACGAGGUUCUGUUACUAGCUAAGCUUCAACACAGGAAUCUGGUUAGACUGUUAGGUUUCUCCUUAGAAGGAAUGGAGAAGCUGUUAGUGUAUGAAUAUGUUCAAAAUGCAAGCUUGGAUAACUUCAUAUUCGACUCAGUCAGGCAUUCAGAUUUGGAUUGGGAUAGACGCUACAAGAUCAUAGGAGGUAUUGCGAGGGGAAUCCUCUACUUGCACGAAGAUUCUCGUCUCAGGAUCAUUCACCGUGAUUUAAAAGCAAGUAAUAUACUUCUAGACAGAGAGAUGAGCCCCAAGAUUGCCGACUUUGGUAUGGCAAGAUUGUUCGGGCAAGAUCAAACGCAGGGAAAUACUAGUCGAGUUGUGGGAACAUACGGAUAUAUGCCACCAGAGUACAUAAUACACGGCCAGUUCUCAAUCAAGUCGGACGUCUACAGCUUUGGAGUAUUAGUCCUUGAAAUCAUCAGCGGCCGAAAAAAUAAUGGCUUUAGAAGCAGGGGUGACAGCGUGGGGGACCUCCUAAGCUAUGCAUGGGAAAGUUGGCAAGAAGGAAGAGGUGGAGAAGUGGUGGAUCCAUUUUUGAGGAGUGGUUCGGGUUCGAUGAACGAGAUGCUGAGAUGCAUCCAUAUUGGUUUGCUGUGUGUUCAGGAAGAUGCAGCGGAUCGGCCAACCAUGGCCUCUGUGGUACUUAUGCUGAGCAGCUUCUCCAUAACCUUAAACGUACCUACAGAGCCAGCAUUUUACGCUGCCAGUGGAAGUGGUUAUGGUUCGGAUGCGUCACUAAUUCACAACUCCGACUCCACAACUUCUAACCACAAGAGUUCUUCUCGACCGUCUCAGCAGUCUCGCCGUUCCUUACAAAAUGAUGCCUCCAUUACCGACUUACAUCCGCGCUGAUUCCGCUCCAAAAAAAUAUUAUAUAUUCAUUUCGUAUAUUGUGUUUUCGUAUCAUGUCAACAUUGUCGACCCUAUAUAGACCUGACCAAAAAUAGUUCAUUUUUUUUAUUUACUCCUCUUAUGAUGUAGCUGAUCAUAUCAUUAAUCUUUGUUUAUUUUGGAUAGAACACAUAUUUCUCUGAUGAAGAAUUUGUUUGGUUUUUGUGUUUUCUUUUCUUAA